UUUAACGUAAAUAUUUAUAGAAAAUCUUAUCAAAGUAAUUUCCAAAAAUUUUUUUAAUUUUCCAAUGAUGCGGUACUGGAAAACUGUUAAAAACUUAUCAUGGAAGACUUAAAAGGUUGCGAAAAAAAUGACCCGGAAGCUUUGACAAAUGAACAGCAAAAAAAGUUAGACUCUUUUAAGAUUAAAACGAGAAUUUCAAAUGAGAAUUAUUUAAGAAGUCAUCCAGAAAUCGAUUGUUUACUUACAAAUUUUAUAAGUGAAAUUUGUAAGCAAAAACCAAACAACGUGAGAGAGUAUGCUGCAGAUAACUUAUUAAAAAAGAUUUUACCUCUGAACAUGGACGAACCAUGGUGGAGAAGUGAUAAUGUAUGCAAAGCGAUUGACAAUUUUCACACCAAAAUGGCAUCAACACCAAAUAAUAUGAAAGCAGCUAUUACCGAUUUGAAACAAAAGUUAUAUCUGCUAGAAACUUAUCUUAAAUACAAUCACAAUUUAUGUGAUAAAAUUGAGUAUACAGGAAGUUCAUUUGAGAAAUUAAAUAUUUGUGGGGAAAAUAUUAUUGAGUUUGAUAUCAUGUUAGUUGUUGAUCGGGACAAAUUAUUGGAGCUUGAAAACGAGGUGAGUGGUGGCUACGUUAAAAUAAAAUGUGCUAAUUCAAUGUUAGAUUACCCACGCGAUAAUGAAGGUUGUAUUAAUGCUAAAGCUUAUCGCGAGUACUUUUACGGAAUCGUUCAAAAAUGGGUUAACAUUAUGAAACAUCCUAAAACAAUCAAGCUAAUUUAUCAUGGUGUUGCAACUCAAAUCAACGUUUAUACUGUUAAAGAAAUUCUCUGGUAUCAAGUCGAUUUAGUUCCGUGUUUCAAACUCUACGAGAGAAAAUGUUGUAUUAACUUUUGUCCUAAACCUCUUUAUUUUGUACCCAAACCUGUUGAAGGAAAACCCUACAACUGGAGGUUAUCGCAUUCGCUUAAAGAAGUUAGAGCAGCAAAUAAGCUUCAUUCACAAGCGAAAAAAAGCGUUCGUGUCGUUAAAGCCAUUUUUAAAUUUCGCUCAAACGGUUUGUUUAAAGAUAAGUUUACGUCCUUUCAUAUAAAAACUGCGGCAUUUCAUUUGGUAGAUACAGGAUGGCCCGACAAGCGUAAUAUGGGCCACAAUAUUUAUACUUUUUUAGUUUUUAUUAAAAAAUGUUUGCAAAAUCGAGAACUUAUCCACCGUUUUGAUCCGACUAUCAAUUUAUUGGCUGAUUACAAUACGAACUUAUGUCUUCAAAUGGUGCGUGCAAUCGAUCUUUGGCUUAUGAGUAUGAAUAACUUUUUAUCACGACUUUUAUAAAUUUAUUCAAAUGUCCUCAUGCGGCCACGCAUCUAAAAAACACUUAAAAAGAGCUAAAACUUAAUAACUUUAUAACGUGGUUGCAAAUAAACAUGUAAGAAAAUUUAAAA